CUAAUAGACCUGUGUGCUUGUGUGUGUUCUCAGGUUUUACAAACUGCAUGAGAGAAAGUGUGAACCUAUCAUCAUGACCGUGCCAAGAAAAUCGGACUUGUUCCAGGAUGACCUUUACCCCGACACGGCGGGUCCGGAUGCCCCCCUGGAGGCCGAGGAAUGGUUUGAAGGGAAGAACGGAGAACCUGUCCUGAUAUCCCUGAAACAUGGAUACAUCCCAGGCAAGAACCGUGAUCUCAAAGUGGUCAAGAAGAACAUCCUAGACAACAAGAUGAGCAAGAAUACAGAGAAUACUGCCCCUGCCGUCAAGACUGCCACCUCCACACCAUCUAUCAAAAGUGAAGCUAAGCUGGAAGAGGUUUUGAAAGAAAUAAAAUCUCUCGUCAGCAGUCUCAGCAGUCAGGAAAAAAGAAUUGCCAAACUUGAGGAGCAGCUGUCUAAAAUGGACGUCUUGAUCCCUUCCAGAGAGCUGGUCAGCAGUCAGGAAAAAAGAAUUGCCAAACUUGAGGAGCAGCUGUCUAAAAUGGACGUCUAA